AUGGACUUCAGCUAUUCAGAAUGUCUUCCAUAUCGAGUAUCACGAAGUGUACAAGAGAUAUGCAUUCGACAUCUUCUCGGCAUCAAUGUGCUCCUACGCCUUCGAUACGUUAUGCAGGAGUAUCAGCUUGCCACCAUGUUGAGUUUGACAAGGGUCAACGCCCUGAGACCCUCCGUCUUGACAUUGGCUAUAAGAAAACAGUCCACUCAGAAUGUCUUCGCAGUCAUUAUGGGUGGAGGAGUGGCCGGUAGUUCUGUAGCUUAUCACUUGACUAAAAGAAAUAUCAAAGACGUGAUACUGCUUGAGAAAGAAGGUCAGUAACA